UUAACCGAUAAGUAUGAUAUUCAGAUUACAAUUGUAUAAACUUCAGCACUGCCUCAAAUUCUUAAAGAACUUAAUUCUACUUUCGUGGUUAUAGCUUCGCACAAAUACAGUCGAAAAUCUCAUUUGCUCGAUACUUGCUGUGCACUAAAACAUUGUUUUAUAAGCAUUUAUACAUCAAAGUCAUGAGUAAACAUCUAGAAACAAGUUUCAGGCCAUAAAUUAAUCUCAGAAAAAUGUCUGUGCCGUCAAUUAAAAUGUCAAGUGGAUUCAGCAUCCCAAUCAUUGGUCUUGGAACCUGGAAGUCUCCACAAGGUCAAGUUGAACAAGCUGUCAAAGAUGCCAUUGACGCUGGCUAUCGUCACAUCGAUUGUGCUUUUGUUUAUGGAAAUGAAAAUGAAGUUGGUGAUGGAAUUGCAGCCAAAAUAGCCGAAGGUGUCGUCAAACGCGAAGACCUCUUCAUCACAUCUAAAUUAUGGAACAUAUUCCAUGACCCAAAAGAUGUCAAAGGUGCUGUUGAGAAGUCAUUGAAGCUCCUCAAGGUUGACUAUUUGGAUUUGUACUUGAUUCAUUGGCCAAUGGGAUAUGCAAAUUUAGAUAAUGGAGCAAAUUUGUUCCCAAAGAAUGAGAAGGAGGAGUGGAUCUUCUCGGAUGUUGAUAUUGUGGACACAUGGAAGGGAAUGGAGGAGCUUGUUGAUGCUGGAUUGGUUAAAUCAAUUGGAUUGUCGAAUUUUAAUUCAAAGCAAAUUGAGAGAGUCAUGGCAACUGCUAGAAUCCAACCAGCAAUGCUGCAAAUUGAAUGCCAUCCAUAUCUUAACCAAAAGAGACUGAUUGAAUUUUGUAGAAGUAAGAAUAUUGCUGUGACUGCUUAUUCUCCACUAGGUUCAAAUGACCGACCAUGGGCAAAACCAGAAGAUCCUCAACUCAUGGACGAACCAAAGAUCGUCAAAAUAGCUGAAAAAUAUGGAAAAACUCCAGCGCAGAUUCUCAUUCGUUAUCAAGCUCAGCGCGGUGUUGCAGUCAUUCCAAAAUCAGUCACUAAGUCAAGAAUCAUCAGCAACUUUGAUGUCUUUAAUUUUGAAUUGAGUGAUGAAGAUGUCGAGUUAAUUGACAGCAUUGACUGCAAUGGAAGAUUAUGUGUAUUAGGAUGGGUCAAUCAUCAUCCAUUCUACCCAUUUGCUGAGGAGUUCUAAGCUGUUUAUGGAGACCAUUUGCCAACCGUGGUGGACCACCUUGAACCAGAUUUUAGACAUUUAGAACCAAAUUGUUCGAACAACAUUAAUCUCUAUAUUUAAUGAACUAAUAAAGUUUAUAACAAG